GUGGUGGUAUAUAAAUCCCAACUCUCUCGGCAUCGAGCAUUAUUCUGACCGAGUUUGACCGUUCAACAUCAACGAACAGCAUGGCCAGAGAUAACCUAACCGCCGUCUUGUACGGGAUCGAGGACAUACGUCUGGAGCAAACACCUAUCGAGGAACCGGAUGACGAUGAGGUCCUGCUGGAGAUGUCCUGCGUAGGGAUUUGCGGGUCCGAUGUACACUACGUCGUUAAUGGAAGAAUCGGCGACUUCGUGGUACGCAAGCCGAUGAUCCUGGGACACGAGUCUUCUGGAAUCGUCGCCAAACUCGGGAAGAAAGUGAAACACCUCAAGGUGGGCGACCGGGUUGCCAUCGAACCAGGAGUGCCCUGCAAGAGUUGCCAGUUUUGCGUGAGAGGACGUUACAAUCUUUGUCCAGACAUGGUCUUCUGCGCCACGCCGCCCGUUCACGGAAGCUUAAGAAGAUUCUACAAACACUCCGCCGAUUUCUGCUUCAAAUUACCGGAUCAUGUGACUAUGGAAGAAGGAGCUCUUCUGGAACCUCUGUCCGUUGGAGUUCACGCCUGUAAACGUGCCAAUGUCACCAUCGGCAGCAAGGUGCUAAUUUUAGGUGCUGGACCCAUCGGCCUGGUCACUCUUUUAGUCGCUAAGGCCAUGGGUGCUGGUAAAGUUAUCCUCGCAGAUUUGUUGCAAGGGAGGCUGGAUGUCGCCAAAAAAAUAGGCGCGGAUGAUACGCUUUUGUUGAACAAGGAUUACUCCGAGGAAGAGACUGUAAAGAAGGUUAAGGAUCUCUUUGGAGAUGAACCCGACAAAACGAUCAAUGCUUCCGGGAGUGAAUCAUCGAUCCGUUUGGGAAUUUUUGUUACCAAACCAGGUGGAGUAAUGGUUAUGAUUGGAAUGGGACCUGCAGAAGUGAAGGUGCCUUUGGUACAUGCUCUCGUGAGGGAAAUUGAUAUCAGAGGGGUUUUCCGAUAUGCUAAUGACUAUGCCGACAGUUUGGAUCUUGUGGCAACUGGAAAGGUGGACCUGAAGCCACUGAUAACCCACAACUUUAAGCUCGAAGAGACUUUGAAAGCUUUCGAAAUGAGCAGGUUCAAUUGGUCCGAAACUAUCAAAGUUAUAAUACAUUGUAAAUAAUUAUUGCUCCCGGAUAAUCUAUAUUUUGAACCACUAUGGACUCCAGUCAUAAGCGGAAAGAAAUUAGUUUACCUGACAAUCCUGAGUCCAUCCACCAUUCGAUGGUUUGCUGCGCAAAUGUAAGAAAAUAGAAUAAUACGCGGCAUUAGAAAACAAGCGAUAUUUAUAAAUCUAAAUAUAAUAUCGCUUGGAACGUGUGCAACACGUCAGCGACUAGGACAAGCGGUUACAUUUUUAUCCCGUUUUACCAAAAUUAUAAAUAAAACGUUAUUCCGUUGA